AUGUCGAAUUAUUCCUACUACUACGUGAAAACUGUCGCCGACGGUACCGAUAACUCGAGAACGUAUAAAUUUCAGAAAGGGAAUCCAAGCCUGUUUAAACCACCGGAGGACACAUGGUCCACAUAUGGCCGCUAUAAUCUUCUGUCACGGUUGCUCAGAGGAGGGCUGUCUGGCUCGGGUGAUAUCCAUCAUCCAGCGAACGCUGUUUUCAAGCUAGGAGAAAAGGGUUCUGGCUUCAGACCUCAGGGCUCAGUUCAAGACUUCAACACUCUCAGGCGAGAAUGCCUAGAGUCAGGAACGCUUUUCGAGGAUCCUCAAUUUCCGGCUGAUCUCACUAUGGAUGCCAAUCUCUUUUUCCAAGUAGUGCCUGAGGAUCAGAGUUUCGAGGAAAAUUACGCCGGCAUCUUUCACUUCAGGUUCUGGCAGUACGGAAGAUGGGUGGACGUAGUGAUCGACGACAGAUUGCCGACCUACCGUGGCGAACUGGUGUACCUGCAUUCGGCAGAAAGCAAUGAAUUUUGGAGCGCUCUGUUGGAAAAAGCUUACGCAAAGCUUCACGGCUCGUACGAGGCGUUGAAAGGUGGGACCACCUGUGAGGCCAUGGAAGAUUUCACCGGUGGCGUAACGGAAAUGUACCAGAUGGACCAAACCCCCCCAAAUUUGUACAGUAUUUUAUUAAAAGCAUUCGAAAGAAACUCGCUAAUGGGCUGUUCGAUAGAGCCUGAUCCAAAUAUAUUGGAAGCGGAGACGCCUCAAGGACUGAUCAGAGGCCAUGCUUACAGUAUUACACGUGUCAAAUAUGUAGAAAUUCAAACACCAAACCAGUAUGGCAGAAUACCUCUUCUUAGACUUAGAAAUCCAUGGGGUAACGAAGCAGAAUGGAACGGUCCGUGGAGUGAUCAGUCGCCAGAAUGGAGAUUCAUUCCUGAUCACGAGAAAGAAGAGCUAGGUCUAACCUUCGACAUGGACGGUGAAUUUUGGAUGUCGUUUCAGGACUUCACACGAUACUUCACGCAAUUAGAAAUAUGUAACUUAAAUCCAGACUCGUUGACCGAGGACGAUUUAAAUGCCGGCAAAAAGAGAUGGGAGAUGAGCGUGUUUGAAGGGGAAUGGGUGCGUGGUGUUACGGCAGGAGGUUGCUCGAAUUUUAGAGAAACUUUCUGGCAUAACCCACAAUAUAGAAUCACGUUGGAAUACCCAGAUGAGGAUGACGACAAAUGUACAGUGAUUGUCGCGUUGAUGCAGAAAAAUAGAAGAGCACAGAGAAGAAUGGGUGCAGAAUGUUUGACUAUUGGAUUUGUCAUAUAUCACUUGGACUAUCCUGAACGGUUACCGAAGCCACUGGACAUUAAUUUCUUUAGAUACAAUAGGUCGGUCGCAAGAACGCCAGCAUUUAUAAAUUUACGAGAAGUAACAUGUCGCUUUAAAUUACCACCUGGUGUGUAUUGUAUAAUUCCAAGCACGUUUGAUCCUAACGAGGAGGGUGAAUUUUUACUGAGAAUCUUCUCUGAAAAUAAAAAUAAUAUGGAGGAAAACGAUGAAGAAGUUGGCAUUGGAGAAAUUGAUGAUAGGGUCAUUAACCCUAAAGGUAAUACCGAUCACGGAGAUGGAGGUAAGGUUCGAGAUGAACCAGAGCCAGACCGAAAUGAGGAUAGAGUUCGAGAAUUUUUCAAAAAGCUUGCUGGUGACGAUAUGGAAGUGGACUGGACGGAAUUGAAAGAAAUCUUAGAUUUCGCAAUGAGAAAAGAACUACCACAGUCGGCGCGUCAAAGUGAACAAGGAAAUGAUUCGUUUAUCGACACUCUCAUCUCACUGCUGUGCGGCAUUGUUUGUAAUAAAGAACAGAACGAUGUAGCCAUAGAAACGAACAAUGAAGGAUUCAGUAAGGAUGUGUGCCGUAGCAUGGUUGCAAUGUUGGAUGUUGAUCACUCUGGUAAACUUGGAUUUGAAGAAUUCAGAAUGUUAUGGAACGAUAUAAGAAAAUGGAGGGCUGUGUUUAAAUUGUACGAUAAAGACGAAUCUGGAUAUCUGAGCGCGUUCGAAUUGCGGCAAGCGUUAAACAGCGCAGGUUAUCGGUUAAAUAAUCACAUUUUGAAUAUUUUGGUACACCGUUAUGGAACGAAAGAUGGUAUGAUCACCUUUAACGAUUACAUAAUGUGCGCUGUGCGACUUAAAACCAUGAUAGAUAUUUUCAGAGAACGAGAUCCAGAUUCAACUAACUCCGCAACGUUUACGAUGGAAGAGUGGAUAGAGAAAACAUUAUACUCGUAA